AUGGGUAGAAGAAAUGUAAGUGUUAUGAGACUGGGGAGAUGUGUGGCAUUCCUUGCUGCUGCAGCCUUCCUCCUUCCCUUCACGAUACUGCUAAUGGUGGCCGAUCAACAGUAUAACCUGACAUAUAACUCCAAACGAGUCUUCUAUCAAGAGAGUGACUUCUAUAAAAUUAACGGAACGUUAAAUACACCAACAUUUUUACGGACACAGUAUAUAUUUGAAAACGGAAGCCACGAUGAAGGACUGCUCUCCCGUGACAAAUUCUUAGAAGUUGGAAGCAGGAUGGAGGCGAGGAGAGACUAUCUGAGAAGCGAGUGUUCGAAGCUCGGUCUCGACAGCACAAGUCACAAGGCAUACGCAUGGGAGUACCUCAUCAACAGACAGUAUCAUGUGAUAUGGUGUAAUAUCUUCAAGGCUGCUUCAACUUCAUGGAUGUACAACUUCAAUCUGAUGGCAAACUACACCGCCUCCUUCCUUGAUAGGACGAAAGAAGUUCCUUUAGAGCUUGCGAGGAAGAAAUACGCAAGACCUACCGUGGAAAUGAUAAGAAAAGCUCAGGGAGAUUCUAUAACAUUCCUGAUAGUACGUCAUCCGUUAGAACGGUUGGCAUCUGCCUACAAUGACAAAAUCGUGCACGCCUGGCCUAAAUCUUUCCACGAUCAAAUGGGACGAAGAAUAAUCAAAAAGUAUAGAAAAUCAGGACCUAAGCCGGCACCGACGGAGAGGUAUCCAGUUUUUGAAGAAUUCGUCUCGUAUGUGUUGGACGAAGCUAAAGUAAAACGCGCACUAGACAUGCAUUGGACGCCGUACACCGAUUUCUGCACGCCCUGCAAAUUUAAUUUUGAUGUCAUACUCAAGUUCGAAACUUUAGACGAAGAUCAAAGAUUUCUCAUACAAAUGGCUCGUCUUCAAGACGUUAUCAAACCGGAGUGGCGGAACAGCGGCAAAGGCACCAACACGUUGCAUAUCAUCAAUCAUCUGUACUCGCGACUCAAGAAAUCCCAACUAGACGGUCUCUACAAUUUGUACAAAUAUGACUUUCAAUUGUUUAACUAUACCAUAAACAAUUAUUAUGAGAUACUUAAAAAGGACGAGGACACCAAUCACGGA